CGGCUCGGCUCGGCCCGGCCCGCGCCAUGUCGCUGAGCCCCAAGCACACGACGCCCUUCUCCGUCACCGACAUCCUCAGCCCCAUGGAGGAGACCUACAAGAAGUUCGGCGCCAUGGACGGCGGCGCCGGCCUGGGCGCCCCGCUCGGCCCGUACCGCCCGCCCCCGGGGCCCGCGGCCGCCGCGGUGCCGCAGCACGUCGUGGCGGGCCCCAACGCGGCGGCCGCCUACCACAUGCCGCACGGCGUCUCGCAGUUCGCGCACGGCGCCGUCGGGGGCUACUGCAACGGGGGACUCGGCAGCGUGGGCGAGCUGCCCGCCUACCCCGAGGGCAUGAGGAGCGGCGCGGCGGCGGCGGCCGGCGGCUGGUACGGGGCCGGCGCCGACCCCCGGUACCCCGGCAUCUCCAGGUUCAUGGGCCCGUCGGCGGGGAUGAACGUGGCCGGCAUGGGCGGCCUCACCGGCAUCGCCGAGGGCGCCAAGGCCAUGGUGCCGCUCCACGCGGCGCCGCGGAGGAAGAGGCGGGUGCUCUUCUCCCAGGCGCAGGUCUAUGAGCUGGAGCGGCGCUUCAAGCAGCAGCGGUACCUCUCGGCGCCCGAGCGGGAGCACCUGGCCAGCCUGAUCCACCUGACGCCCACGCAGGUGAAGAUCUGGUUCCAGAACCACCGCUACAAGAUGAAGCGCCAGGCCAAGGACAAGGCCGCCGCGCAGCAGCUGCACCCCGACGGCAGCGGCGGCGGCGGUCUCUGCCAGCAGCACUCGCCGCGCCGCGUGGCCGUGCCGGUGCUGGUGAAGGACGGCAAGCCCUGCCCGCCGCCCGGCAGCGGCACCCCGGCGCCCGGCCCGCCGCCGCCCCAGCCCCAGGGAGGCUCCAGCGGGGCGCUGCCCGCCGCCGGCACCGCCGCCCACCCGCACCCCGGCUCGCUGGGGCAGGCGGCCGACCUGGAGGAGCUCUCGCCCAGCCCCCCGGCACUGCACGGCCAGGGGGCCGCCCUGGCCCCCAUGGACACGGCCAGCGUCGACUACGGCGGCGGCAUGGUCAGCCCCAACCUGCUCUACGGCAGGACGUGGUAAUCCGCCGCCCCGCCGCGCCGCGCCGUCGGGGCCGCUGCCCCCGCCCCGUUGCCCCGGCCCUGCCCGGCGGCGCCUGCGGGGAGCCGCGACGGCCUCCCCGGUCCCCCCUGGCCUCCGCCUCCGGCCUCGCUGUGCCGUCGUCCCCAGCGUCCCCCCCCCCGCUUUUUUUGGUUGUUUUUGGGGUUUUUUUGGUUUUUUUAGACUGCUCGGGGUUUUGCAAACUUGAAGUGCGACCGACCUCACCCAGAGUCAGAGCUGCGGCGGCGCGGGCGUGUGUGCGCGCGCGUGUGUGUGCGUGUGUGUGUGUGUGUGUGCACGUGUGUGUGUGUGCACAUCUGUGUGUGUGCGCGCACAUCUGUGUGUGUGCGCGUGUUUGUGCACACAUAUGUGUGUGAGCGCAUCGCUUCGGGGCCACGUCCCCGCGCACCUCCGCGGGCGCGGGCUGGAGUUUCGGUGCGCUCCGCC